UUGAUUCCUCUUUCUUAUAUCACAAAUUGCGUUGCAUUUGUAAUUUCGGGGAAGAAUAUGAGCCAGCCGACGAGUUAUGAGCCGUAUUCGGGCAAAGAGAAAACUUCAUCAAACUUGGCAUGGCACCGACCCCAGUCUGCUAUCUCCCUCCAAGAGGAGGAGCUAAUGCAGACGAGUGCUCGUGCUGCGGCCCACACAACUGACCCACUUGAAAAACUACGCCUGCUGAGCCUGUCUAGGGGCGCCUGCGGAAUAUUAGCCCUGGGAAGGGUAUUCAGACGGAUGGACAAUAAUGGAAACAAAAACGUUAAUAAGGAAGAGUUUGUCAGAGGCUUGGCGGAAACCGGAUUGGAAAUCAGUCCAAAGGAAGCUGAAGAAACAUUCGAUAGAUUCAACAUCGACAAUAGCGGAUUCAUCAGUUUUGACGAGCUGAUCAAACAAAUCCGUCCACCAAUGUCAGACUCACGGCGCGCUAUUGUGGAGAAAGUUUUUAGAAAGUUUGACAAAGAUGGACAUGGCGUCAUCAAUGUUAAUGACAUUCGUAAAGUUUACAACGUCAACUCUCAUCCAUUAUACAUGAGUGGAGAGGAAACUGCUGCUAAGGUCAUGAACAGGUUUUUGGCUAACUUCGAAGUUGAUGGGGAUAAGGACGGAUCGGUAACACUUGAAGAGUUUAUGAACUUCUACAGUGGCAUCAGUGUCUCCAUUGACAACGAUUGCUACUUCGACUUAAUGAUGCGUCAAGCUUACAAAUUGUAA